CUUCUCCAUUCCCCUUCAACUCCUCCUCAUCUCUCCUCAAUCAUAAUUAAAGCGAUAAAUAUAUUCUGCAAUCAAUCAAUGGCAGCCGAUGUGAGCUCUCUGGUCAGGAUGAUGAGCGGCCGAGAUUUGAACGACUCUCCCGGCGCCGCUAAGUCCGCGGCGGCUCCGAUCACCAGGGACCUUCUCGGCGGUUGUUGCUCCCUCGACUCCAAAGAGUUGGACCUCGACUUGCAGGUUCCUUCUGGCUGGGAAAAACGCCUCGACUUGAAGUCGGGGAAGGUGUAUCUUCAGCGGUGCAAUUCGUCGAACACCUGGCCGGCGAGGUCGGAGAGCAAGCAACGGAGCGGUAACCAGACGGCGGCCGUGAACCUGCAAGACCUCAACUUCCCGCCGGCGUCAAAGCCCCAGCCGAAUCCGUUCGACGAGACGAGCCUAGACCUCAAAUUGGUGACGUCAUCUCCGCCGCCGCCGGCGGCGAAUCUGUACAGCGUCUGCACUCUGGAGAAGGUGAAAUCGGCGCUGGAGAGGGCGGAGAAGGAGGAAUUCAGCAGGAAACGGUCAAUCUCCCUGUCGAACUCGUCGUCUUCCCCAACUCGAUCAUCGUCGAACCGAGAUCACGAAAUCGAUCAGGAAAUUCACAACAACAAUUACAGCAGUUCGUCCGAUUCAUCAUCAUACGCAGCUGGAUGCCCAACGUGUUUGCUCUAUGUUCUGAUAUCAAGGAGCAGUCCGAGAUGCCCCAGAUGCAACACCAUUGUUCCAUCUCCAGUUCUGGAUCAUAAGAAGCCUCGCAUAGAUCUUAACAUAUCAAUAUAAAUUUUUCUUAUAUUUCAAAAAAAGGGCAUGGGGUCAAUUAAAUUUCCUAGUCAUUUUUUUGACCUUCCCUUUUUUAACCCUCUUCUGUAAAGAUAGAUGAAGACAUAUAUAGUGUCCUACUGUAAGUGAAUAGAACAGUAAAUAGCAGACUUUGGGCUGCUUUGUUUGGAAGGGCAGAUGAAAUUGUAGGCUCCUUCUUUCCAUAUUUAUUAAAGUAUUAUCUUAGGA